AUGCCUACUGCAAUUAGAGUGACCAACCGUACAGGUUUGGCCUGUACAGUACAGGUUUUGGACAAUCUGUCCAGUGUACAGGCAGGAAUGCGAUGUAUGCCACAAAUCUAUACGAAGAACUCAAUGGACAGAUUCGGUGAUGAUUUGUGUGCACUUCUCUUGUCUUAUCUCUCACUCGAAGAUCGGUUUCAAUACGAAUGUGUGUCCAAACAGUUCCAGAGGACAGUCUUCGGCAGUGUUGUCGACAUUGAUAUUAAUGACAAACUUAUAAACAAAACAACGCAACAAAAGGCAACUAUAAAGCAAUUAUUCUCCAGAAUUGCCACAAAGUGUGUCAACAUUCAGACCAUUGACUGCCGAGGAAUGAGCAAAAUGUGUGAAUCUCUUCUGCCCGAAGUUUUGACCGCAUUUUGGGAUAACAGCAAAAAUUUAGACGAAAUUUACUGCAAUUUAUACGAAAAUUUAGACCAAUUAUUUGACUCAAUCGGAACAACGCUUAGCCAAAUCUAUUACAUAUCUUCGCCAGAGAAUCAAUGGUUUAUUCAUUGCCACCAAUUGUCUCGAUUGCGAGUCCACUCAAUAGCCGACGCCUUUGUCAUGAUUUCUGGCCAAUUAAUGGCCAAAAAUUUGGACAAAUUUUACUUAAAUGACUACUCGAGUGAUGACCAAAAUUUGUUGUCCAAUUUUGUGGCACACAAUCAGUGUCUCACAAGUGUUAAUGUAAUCAUUUGUAAUGAUGAGAGUAUUUACAAACUGACGGCACAAUUGUCACGAUUAACGCAAUUACGGCGAUUGAGUCUCGGGGAAAUGGAUGACCAUUUUCUGGAUAAUUGUGACAAACAUUGGCCACGACUUCAGUACCUAUCCAUCAGUUAUUAUCACAUGACUCGCCGGUGUUUGUCACACAUCUCAAGACUACCGGCGCUGCAAACGCUUUCCAUUCAAUGCCAUCGCAUAGAAUAUGAUAUGACACAACAGAUGAAACACUUGACAUCACUCAACGCUAUGGAUGACAACAAACCACAGCCACAACUGUAUGCACUGAACUCAAUGGACAGAUUCGGUGACGAUUUGUUUGGACUAAUAUUAACCUAUCUCUCACUCGAAGACCGGUUCCGAUGCGAUAAACAACUAGUGGACGGGUUCGGACAACUGGUCACACGAAUCAGUUUAUCAUCAAUAAAAAGCAACAAAUUACUCCUUUAUUGCCCGCGAGCGUCACACUUACGGGUAAACUCGUUGGCCGACAUUUUCGACACCACUUCCGGACAAUUAUUGGCCAAAAAUCUAAAACAAUUUCAAUUCACGUAUAAUCCGAGCGAUAAUCAGCAACUGUUGUACACAUUUGUGGCCGAGAAUAAGUGCCUUCAAAGCCUUGUACACGACAGUACACUACAUGCGGCGUACUUGCGGUCAAUUGGCAUGAAUUGCAAACAAUUGGUCCGAUUGUCGCUCGUAUUGAAGGCCAGAUCCAAGGCUAUGGUUAACCAGACGUUGGAUUCGUUGCGAUUUUUUCCCCGAUUAAAACGAUUACAAUUAACGGUUUUUGUGGCCAUCUAUGGCAACUCUAUCGGGCCGUUGAGUCAAUGCAAAGCAUUAACACUACCGGCGCUGCAAAUGCUUGUCAUUGAAGGCGUUGGAAGCGUUGAUCUCUCGGACAAUGAUUUUUGUGAUCUAUUGUCGAGAAGUCCUAAACUAAAGAGCAUUGAAAUCCGUAAGAUAGAAUAG